AUGCUCACAGCACUGCUGGGACGCGGCUGUAAGGCACGAGGCGUGUGGGAUGCUGACUUAUAUGAUUGGGAGAAGGAUAAACUUCUAGGUCCUUCUAGGUCACCUGUAGACACUCCGGACUGCGCUAUGCUGACCGCACUGCUUGAACGGUGCUGCAAGCGGCGAGGCGUCAGGGAUGCAGAUCCUUACGAUUGGGAGAAGGAUGUAAGUGUUUUUAGAAGAUUCCAGGUCGUCUUUGAGCUUCUGGAACCUUCCAGGUCACCUGUAGAAUGGAGACAAGCCGAUACUCUGCUUCUAGAAGAAAUGAGGUCACCUGUGGACAAGACAGAAGCCACACCAUGCUCACAGCACUGCUGGGACGCGGCUGUAAGGCACGAGGCGUGUGGGAUGCAGACCCUUACGAUUGGGAGAAAGAUGUCACCUGUAGACACUCCGGACUACGCCAUGCUGACUGCACUGCUUGAACGGUGCUGCAAGCGGAGAGGCGUCAGGGAUGCAGACCCUUACGAUUGGGAGAAGGAUGUAAGUGUUCUGAGAGCUUCUGGAAAUUUCCAGGUCAUGUUUGUGCUUCUAGAAGCUUUCAGAGGAGAGGAGAUAUACGAGGGUCUGGAGCUGGUGACCCAGGAGCAAGUGGCGCUCAAGGUGGAAUCGGCGCGCCAGCCCAAGCAGGUGCUCAAGAUGGAGGUGGCUGUACUCAAGAAGCUGCAAGGCAAAGAGCACGUCUGCCGCUUCAUCGGCUGCGGUCGCAACGCUCGCUUCAACUACGUGGUCAUGCAACUCCAAGGCCGCAACUUGGCGGAACUGCGCCGCGCCCAGCCGAGAGGCGCCUUCUCACUGUCCACCACGCUUAGAUUGGGUCUACAGAUACUCAAAGCGAUAGACUCUAUCCACUCAGUAGGAUUCCUUCAUAGAGACAUUAAACCUAGCAACUUCAGCAUAGGCCGUCACCCGAGCAACUGCCGCAAAGUGUACAUGUUAGACUUCGGGCUCGCGCGUCAGUACACCACCAGCAACGGGCAGGUGCGGCCGCCGCGCGCCGCCGCCGGGUUUAGAGGCACGGUCCGCUACGCGUCCAUAAACGCCCACAAGAACAAAGAGAUGGGCCGCCACGACGACUUGUGGUCAUUAUUCUACAUGCUGGUGGAAUUUGUUAACGGACAGCUGCCGUGGAGAAAAAUCAAGGACAAGGAACAGGUCGGCCUCAUGAAAGAGAAAUACGACCACCGGUUGCUCCUCAAACACCUGCCUUCAGAGCUGCGCCAGUUCUUGGAACACGUCCAACAGCUGGAAUAUGCCGACACUCCGGACUAUGCCAUGCUGACUGCACUGCUUGAACGGUGCUGCAAGCGACGAGGCGUGAGGGAUGCAGAUCCUUACGAUUGGGAGAAGGAUGCGGGCGCCGUAUCGCGAGCAAGAGCGUCGGUACACCCGACGCCAGAACACGCCCUGCCGACCGACACGGCGCCUGAUAACACUCGUCGCCGCCUAGAAACGGAGGGCACGACUGGGGUAGCCACCGACACAGCCACCAAAGAUCGGGACAAACGUCCACAGCCCGCGUCGCCUCGUCAUGCGCCUAAAGAACACCGCCUCAAUGGAUAUUCAACCACAGACAAGCCGACUACAGAAAAGGAAGCGGAGGUCAGGACGACGCCCGCGCCCUCUCCCGACAGACAUGCCAAGGAAACAAGCAACUCUGUGGUUACUGGUGCGACAACAAAUAGACCAGAGAGACAAAGCGUGCCGCCUUGCAAACCACGCGCGCCUGCUCCUGGCGGCGGGCCCACGCUCGCUCGCUUACGCGUGGUAACAGCGCCCCCUACGUGCGUGCAAGAGUUAGCAGCGCAAGCCUCGCCUCAUACUCCAGGCGAAGCAGCCAGCCCCAGAAUCGUAGCCGAUGUGGACAGUGUACAUUCGGACACGCACUUUAAGAGAG